AUGAAGGUUUUGAUGUAUUAAGGUAAUGUACAUAAUUAGAAAUUAUUAAUAAGGAUAAAAUUUGGUUGAUGGCAUUUAGUAGAAGAAAUUUAUCAGUAAAUUUAAUUAUAAUAAUUAUGGCAACUUGGAUAGCAUUUGUAAAAGGAAAUACAAUAAUAAAUUUGUUGGUUGGCUUAAACUGAUCAUUUUUAGGUACUAGAAGAAUAAGAAUUAUGGUUUGAUAAAGCAGAUAUUAGAUUCUAUAUCGAAAUAUUUGGAAAUUGUUAUAAAGAAAUUCUCAAAUCAAAUCCUGAAAAUAAUAUGAAAAUCAUGGCAGAAAAAUUAUAAUAAAGUGAAUUAAAAAGCCAUUUUAAUAAGGAGGAAUUGCAAAAUGGAGGAGGAAUAGACUGUGAAAAUAUAUUGAAGAUGAGUAUGAAAUUCAAGUAAUAUAGAGACAAUAUUCACAGAUACUUACCAAUGAAAAUAGGCUAUGGGGGGAGAGAAAUGAAUAUAGUCAAACUUGGUUUCCAUUCUGAAUAGGAAGGAAUAUAAUUUAAUGUUGUCAGAUGGUACAUUGACUCAUACAUGACUUAGAGGUAUUCCACUUCUUAAGGCAAAGAUUAUUAUUAACUUUAAAAAUUGAAAGGAUGUAUAAAAUCCGACAUGUGGAUAAGAAAAACGUUCCAUCAUACAUAGGUUGAUAGUAUAGAUGUUUGAAUCCUCAAUCCUGAAAAUUCUAUGAGAACAGAUAAUUUAUAUUAGGGAAGUGUAAAAUACAAAAGAGAGCCUCAAAUUACAAUAAUGACGGAAUGAAAAGUGAGAUAUAAUUAAUCAGCGAAGCUUGGAAAUAU